UCUCUCUCCCUCUCGAAGUGACCUCUCUCUCUGUCUCUCUCACUGGCGUCGUCACUUAGAGAGAAGAGCUCUCUGCAAUGGAAGUAGCCACCGUAUCUUCAAGCUUCGCGCUCCACAGGCGCAUGGUAGCACCGAUGGCUUCUUCCACUUCAUUAAGAACUUGUAGGACCUCGAUUUCUUCCACCAGAGUUUCUCUCUCCACCGGCUUCGUUCCCUACUCCGCCGGCGGCAGCGUCUCCAGUGAGUUCUCUGGCGUCAAAAUCCGUCCCAAGUCCCUCUCUCCGUCUUCCACUUCCAGGUCCAAAGGCAAUCGAAGCGUCGUCACCAUGGUCAUUCCUUUCUCCAGGGGAAGUGCGUGGGAGCAACCUCCUCCAGACUUGGCAUCUUACUUGUACAAGAACCGUAUAGUUUACUUGGGCAUGUCUCUUGUUCCCUCUGUGACAGAGUUGAUACUUGCAGAAUUUCUUUAUCUUCAAUAUGAAGAUGCCGAAAAGCCUAUCUACCUGUACAUAAACUCCACUGGCACAACAAAGGGUGGUGAGAAGCUGGGUUAUGAGACUGAGGCUUUUGCUAUUUAUGACGUCAUGAGGUAUGUCAAGCCACCGAUUUUUACUCUGUGUGUUGGUAAUGCUUGGGGAGAAGCUGCCUUACUUUUAGCAGCUGGUGCACAGGGGAAUCGUUCUGCUUUGCCAUCUUCAACAAUCAUGAUGAAGCAGCCAAUUGCAAGAUUUCAAGGUCAGGCAACAGAUAUCGAUCUUGCCAGGAAAGAAGUGAAGAGUGUCAAGGCAGAGUUGGUUAAACUCUUUGCGAAGCAUAUUGGGAAAACACCAGAGCAAAUUGAAGCUGAUAUCCGACGGCCUAAAUAUUUUAGUCCUAGUGAAGCGGUUGAGUAUGGUAUAAUAGAUAAGGUGCUAUACAAUGAGAGGAGCAGUGAAGAUCAUGGAGUUGUAUCCGACCUGAAAAAGGCACAACUUAUAUGAUAACGGUGCCAUAGAAUGAAAUUGCUAUUUAUGCAAGGGAUUCAGGUGACAUUGUCAGUAACGGUUCUAACGUGCAUGCAGUUCCCAUCAACAUCAGAGAGCCUAGAUGUCAGCUAAGAAGUGGGAAUGAGACUUCUGAAGCUCACAGUAGUUGAAUUUAUUUCUGGAAUGCCAUUAUACAUGUAUCGUCACAUCUGUAAGCUCUAUCUCGUGUAGUGAAAGAGGCAGCAUCGUCGUCUCUUUUACAUUUUGAUUUACCAACAGUUGAAACAAUAAGUAGGAAGAGCUUGUUAAUGUACUAUCUGAAUAAUGCUGUGGGUUUUUGUCAGUUGAUGCUUCCGUUCCAUGUCUAUAGCGAUCAAGCCUGUUUCCCAUUA